CUUUUAUGUUUUCUAUCAUGUGAACAUGCAUUUAAAAAAUAUACAUUUUUUCCCCAUUAUAUUUAAAUGUAUGCGAGCCUGGAAGGAUGUUUCUGAAUUUGUGCAGUUUAUUUCUCUAAAAUAAUGACAUUAAAUGUUAUAAUUAUAUUACAAUAAUGGUUAUAAUUGUUAUUAUUAUUAUUAUUAUUAUGUGUUGUUGUAGUUGUACACUGGAAUAUUUGCCCCUUUACACUUUUAGUACCCCUUCUCUUCAACACAUAUUUUCAUUGUUGCAAUACAUGACAAGGUUUUUAUCUAUAGCCUUGGUUGUUGACAGUAAAGUGUUGCUCCAGAGACUCACUUAGCAUAUUGCAGAUUUGUAUUUUAAUGUUGGCAAAUUGUUUGUGGAAAAGGUUUUAAUCUUUACAAAUUCUGGAAAGUUGUAUUAGCUGUGAGAUUGUCUCUGCUGUGCUGAGCAAUUCUGGCAUUUCUUACAACAAAUGCUCCAUCCUGGUUAAAAAUAUCACGCUUUGCUUAUACUAGAAUGCAAGAUACGUGUCCUGCUUGUGUUUGGAUGACUGAGGCAGUUAACACGGGAUAACUGAUCAUACGUGAUGGCCGUGUGUGAUCAGUGCCAGAUAAGUUUCAUGUGAUGUUAUAGGACAAACAGAGAGAAAAAAUAGCUUGAAAUGAUUGCUGUGUCCUGGCAAAUUGCAAAAAAAAAAAAAAUGUAUCUUAUGCAUGUACACGGUUUGUGCAACGUGAGAGAUGAGCGUUUUCUGUUGUUUAUGUGUGUGCCAUUAACGGGUAUAAAACAGGGUUUUACUGAUGCACAAGUCAUAUGCUUUAUAUGCAGGCUUGUGUGUCCGCAGAGCAGCGGCUCGUCAGUGCUUGCAGAGGGCUUGUGCACUAUUACUGUUUUCUUUUUCGAUCAUUUCAAUCGGCUAACAGAACAAUACGACUGGUAUUGUUGUGUUUUUUUGUUUCACUGCUCAUCUCUUUAUUAGGAUUCAACACAUAUUAAACUCAAAAAAACAGCCAUUCACGUCACUAGUAGAUAUAGCCUUUUGUUUGUGAUAACCUGCAUUUUCUCAGGGCUUGGAUUUCACAUCCACUUUCUCUUCCAGAGGAGAUGGAUUUUUUUUUCACAUGCAGAAAAGCCUCACCCACAUAAGUUUGGCCCCAUGCAGUAAACAAGUUAGUUGAUUGGCUUUGCUUUAUAUACUGUGAUUUAAUAAGGAAAACACCAACGUAAGCCAGCGCGAGCAGUGUUGGUGGUACCAGUGCCAUGCUUUCCAUUGGUUCCUGUUUACAUGAUGCCCACAGGACAGGCGGUGAUUGGUGGCGCUUCACACGUGACCAGGCAACUUUGUACAUUUGACAGGGAGUAGGAGGGUUUUGUGGAGAUCAGAAAAACGACAGCGCGAUAAAAAUUAGUAUUGUUGCACUUCACAAAUUAAUGACCAUGAGUUCCUACUUGAUAAACUCCAACUAUAUCGAGCCUUCCUUUCCUCCAUGCGACGAAUAUCAGCAGAGCGGAUACAUCCCCAACCCCGGUGACUACUACGAGCGGCCAAAAGAUACGGGCUUCCCCCAUCACGACGAGCCAUCCUAUCCGAGGUCAAACUACACAGAAUCGGGCUACGAUUACGGUAACGUCCCCGCCACCGGACUCGAUGAUUUCGGCGACGGGCACCACGCACAACCGCAACCGGUUCCACAGAGCCACGGUCCUCGCCUCACCGCGGCCCCAGAUGGUGGCGCAGGGGCAAAUGCCAGCAAAGACUGCAGCCUCGCCAGUGAGGUAUAUCCCGGCGUAGCGAAGGGCAAGGAGCCGGUGGUCUAUCCUUGGAUGAAAAAGGUCCACGUUAACACCGUCAAUGCCAGUUACACUGGAGGAGUGCCCAAGAGGUCCCGCACUGCCUACACCCGCCAGCAGGCUCUGGAGCUGGAGAAGGAGUUUCACUUCAACCGGUACCUGACCCGGCGCAGGCGGGUGGAGAUUGCGCACACCAUGUGUCUGUCCGAGCGCCAGGUCAAGAUCUGGUUUCAGAACCGGAGGAUGAAGUGGAAGAAGGAGCACAAGCUUCCCAACACUAAGAUCCGCUCCUCGAGCUCGGCCUCGUCCUCAGCCUCGGGGGCCCAGCAGCAGCAGAUCAAAACAGGCCAGCAGCUCGUCCCCACGCCGUGCACCGCGGGUCUAUAGUGCUUGAAUGAACCCCACCCCACAAAAAACCCAAUCCAGACUGAGAUGGCAAUUAACACAAGUGGAAUUUGAUGGACCGAUUCUCAGUAUUUUACACACAUGGUGUUCUCUCUUUCCCCUUGCCUCUGCCAUUGGGCCCCUGUCACGUCCUUUGUACCCUUUCCCUCUCCGCUCGCCCUCUUCAUAUAAGCUUGAAAUUCACCUUUAAUUGCCACGGUGGCAACUGAAGUGUUUAUAUAUUUGUUUAUUAUCAUGAAAGAAGGAUAACGCACAUUCAAUAGGACUUGGAUCAAAAUGUAUCUUUACAGUUAAAAUUGAGUGAGUUAAAAGUAAGUUUGAACUCAUUUUUCUAUGUUUCUUUGUUUUGUUUGUUUUGUUUGUUUUGUUUUUGUUUUUUUAUUAUUGCUCAUGGAAAGUUCUAAUAUACUUGAAAGAUAUUUAGCGAGACUCUAGAUGCCUGUUAGACGGAUGUUUUAGAGGUAUGGCAUCAGUCAGAGUAACAGUGUAGUUUGUGUGUUUGAGUGGGUUGGUUUACUGUUGAAUGUAGUCCAGGUGACUUUCACAUUUAAUGUACAUAGGCAAAUCAUAAUGAAGGCACAAUAAGCAAAGAAUUUCGUCAAGUAGAAUUAUGUUCGUUGGUGUUGUAAGGUCUAGUUUUAUUUGUGCUGGUCCGUCCCAUGUUGUGCUGUGUUCUAAACUGUGAAUAUUUGUAUGUGUUGUCUCAGUAAUGACUGUUGUGAUGUAGGCUAGUGUAGGCUCAAUCUGUCCUUGUGAAAUAAAUAUGUACUUCACUUAUAA